AUGGCCUCCAACAUCACUGCUUAUAUUGAUUCUGUCUUACACAAUUUACAAUUGCUGGUCCAAAAGACUGUACGUUCUAGUAAUGUCAAUAAGCACUACCUUGAAUGUAUGUUGAACCACUUAAGGUUCAUGUUAAAGAAUCUCAAGAUGUUUGCUCUUUCUACUGGACAGUUGGAAGACGAUAUGGAAGAUACUGUUUGCAGAAUCGCAAAGUUCGUUGACACUUUAUAUAAUCUGGUUUCCGGUGGUCGAGCUAGAUUUGCAGGUCAUGUAGAAGUCAUCCAUUAUUUCAGUGAACAAGCGAACAAAUGCUACUUUCAACAAAUUCUUGUGGACUAUCAGUCCAGCUUCCGUGAUUAUGCAUUUCUAAAGAGGGCAAUGAAUGCCUUGGAAGAGCAGAUACUUUUCUUGAAAAGUUUCAUCCUUUUUGCCACACGGGAUGUUGUUGAAUCCAAAGAAAAUCUGUUGUUAGCUCAUGCUGGAGAGGUUACCAUCGAUGCUGCAUUCCUCUUUCUUAAGGAUAGACCUUAUGUAUAUAAUGAAUUUUCUGAAUUUCUUUAUAUUCCGCUAAGAGUUCAAGAAGAAAUGCUGUCUGAGAUUUCAACAUUGAUCCAGAAGAUACAACCAAUUGAUCCUCGUGUCUGUAUGAUUUACACUAAAGCACUUGAUAGCUCAAAGCUGGUAACACGGUUACUCUGUGCGGCGGAGAGUAUCAUCGAUGUUCGUAUCGCGCCAAAGGAAUUCAUUUCUUCUUUCUUAGGUGUUCUUUGGGAGCUGCUUUCAUCAGGUCACCCCGUCACAGUUCCCAUUCCUGUGAAGGGUCAAUUGCAAGAGUUGUAUGAAGGACUCAGGUUCUUGAGGAUCAAGCUUUUUGGGCAGAAGCAACCAAACGUAUUUGAUGUGAAAAUGAAGGAAGACAUUAGAGAUUUGAUGUGCGAUGCUGGAGUCUUAAUUUUCCCAUUCUACCAGACACAGGUACAAUUAGACCUUGAGCUUCUUCAGCAUUUGGUAGAAGCAAUCCAGGUUAUUCGAGCAAAAUUUGGGGACAAGGAUCCCAAAGUACCAAAAAGUAGUACUCAAUUGGCUUUUUUGGACUUCUUAUUGGAAAGAUUGAUGGAGCUGACAACUAACGAGGCUGACUUAGAUGCUAAGACUCAUACUCAAACUAUCCGAAACGAACUCAUCCACUUAAGAAGUUUCUUGGGGGAUACUGUGGAGUUGCAAAAUAAUGACCAGGAGGAAAUCGAAGCUCUCUGGGGUCGUGUUUUGGAGGUGGCAUUCAAGGUAGAGGACAUCAUCAACUACCUCAUGGUUGGCAAUAUUCCACAAUAUGCUUCAACAUUAUCUCAUUCUAUCAUGAAAGACAUUGGCAACAUUUGGACAGAAGUCCAAGUCAAGGCACCAGGAAUAAAACUCAAAAGAGAAGGAAUCAAAGUGAAGGAAGUAACCAUGACUAAUCGCAACGUUCCAUCAAUAACUCCCUCAAUUAAUGCAAAUAUGGUUGUAGGCUUCCAUCAGGAGGCAAUCUCAAUUAUUGAUCGGCUCACGAGAGGGGCGAAGAAAUUGCAGGUAGUGUCCAUUGUGGGUAGGCCUGGAAUAGGGAAGACCACAUUGGCUGAAAAAGUUUACAACGAUCCAUGUAUCACGUACCAUUUUUCAGCUUGUGCACUCACUACUGUUUCUCAAACAAUUGACAGCAAGAGAGUGUUGCUUGAACUCUUAAAACAGGUUGCUCCUGACAAAUGUUCACUGAUCAUCACUUCUGAAACAACUGCAGAUGAUGUAGCAAACCAGCUAAGGCGCAGUUUGAAGCAAAAGAGAUAUUUGAUUGUUCUGGACGAUAUAUGGGAAGCAAAAGCCUGGCAUAGCUUGCAACAAGCAUUUCCUGAUGAUUCUAUGGGAAGUAGGAUUUUGCUCACAAGUCGUAGUUAUGAGGUGGCUCCUUCAGAUAUGCUCGACGAGAAACCUCAUGAACUCAGACCACUUAAUGAAGAGGAGAGCUUGGAGUUAUUUCAGAUGAAAUCAUCAGCUGGAAGUGCAGAGUCCCCUGCACUAGGCGAUCUUAGGAGGCAAAUUCUUCAAGUCUGCAAAGGAUUACCUCUUAAAAUUGUUGUUGUAGCUGGACUUCUAAAAUCCUCAGAGCCAGAGGAAUGGAAUAAAGUCCUGGAAAGUUUAAGCUCAAGCAAUGUGUCAGAGAGCUUCAAGGACACUCUGGAGCUGAGUUAUAGGCAUCUACCGGAGCAUUUAAAACCAUGCCUUCUCUAUCUUGCAACAUUUCGAGAAGAUCAACAAGUCUCGGUGAAGAGGUUGCUCUAUUUAUGGAUGGCGGAAGGAUUCAUUCGAAAAGUGGAGAUGAAGCGCCUGUUAGAUGUUGCUGAAGAGUAUCUAAAUGAUUUGAUUGGCAGAAGCUUAGUUAUGGUUACCAAGAAAAAAUCCACGGGUGGAAUUCGCACCUGCCGCAUUCAUGACUUGCUUCAUGAAUUCUGCUCCCAGAAAGUCCAAGUUGAGCAUUUUUUCCAUUUCCUUCAAGGAGACGAGGAUGAGCUGUCAUUAGUUAAGGAGCCACGCCAUCCAUGGAGGUUGAGCAUGAACUCUGGUUUUGAGCUUUUGCUAAACUCGAAAAUAUACUGGUUUCGGGUUUGCUCUCUGCGAGUCUGUGUAUUCUACAAGACACUGCAGGAAAACAUUUCAGUCAUGUACUUGAGGAUUUGGAGAUAUCUAAGAGUAUUAGAUCUGGAGGAAGUGAAGGUAUAUGGUGAGAUUCCCAGUGAAAUAGGAUUACUUGUACUGUUGGCCAUGUUCGCAAUUGGAAGCUACGGUGUAAGGAUCCCAACGUCAGUGGGUGACCUCUCUAAUUUAGAGACACUUAUUAUCAGUGGAUAUUACGGGGAGGAGGACUUCUGUUUGCCAAUCACAUUCUGGAAUCUAAAGAAAUUGAAGCAUCUUUACAUGAAGCUCCAUUUUCGGGGUGGUUUGCCCAUUGAAAACCUUGACGAUUCCUGUUACUUAUAUGAGUUGGAUAGAAUUUCUGGAGUAAUUUUUCCUCAUGACUGGAGGAUGGAACGGGUGGUGAAAAUGUUUCCUAACAUCCGCAAGUUGAAAUGCAGAAUUCGAGGAUUCGAUGAUAAUCAUGCAGGAAAGCUUGUCCAGAUUGCAGCUCCUGUCUCUUUGUGUCAGCUGAAAUCACUUAAUAUAUCUGUAGACUACAAUAAACUACCUGAAGGCAUUAUGUUUGAGUUGAGUUUUCCUGCAAAUCUGAAGAAAUUGUCAUUGUCAGGCAUACCUUUGUCAAAGAAAUGCCUUUCAAGCAUUGGCAAAUUGCCUAAUCUGGAAGUCCUCAAAUUAGAGGGUAUUGUUUUCGAAGGGGACACAUGGGCAAUGGAAGAAGAGGAAUUCUACAAACUUAGAAUACUAAAAUUGAAUUCCAGGUGGCUUCACUGGUGGAAUGCUCCUGAUGAUCAAGUGAUGUGUCUUGAAGAUUUGGAAUUGAGUGACUGCCUUGUGUUGAAAGAGAUGCCUUCUUGUCUAGGAACCCUUGAGACGCUUCAAAUGAUCAAGGUCAUUCAUUGUGGUGUCGUCGUUGAAACAUUAGUGAAAAAGAUUGAGGACUUACAGGUGGAGUUUGGAAACUCAGAUCUGAAGGUCAUGAUUCAAUCGAGACGCAAAAAUUUGGAACACGAUAAACGUUGGACAUCUUUCUUGGCAAACAUAGGCAAUUCUGUUCGCAGAGUCGCCAAGCUCAUCGACUCUUAUAGAGUUGAUUCCGGUGGUGGUCGAGAGCUCAUCAUGUAUUUCGUUGAGAAAACAACUGAAUGGAAACCAAGUUUGUUAGCUGCGGCUGGACAAUCAAAUUCUUUCUCAACUGAUGAAAUGUUGGAAACCAUUGGCUACUACGAACAAAAUGUUGCGGACUAUCUGGAUCGUUUAUUUCUUAUAGCUCAAAGUUUACAAGAUGAGAUGAAAGCCCUGGGAGAGCAGAUGAUUUUCUUGAAAAGUUUCAUCCUUUUUGCCACACAAGGAGGUAAUGUAAAACCCAUACAAGAUUUGUUAGCUCAUGCUGGAGCUGUAACUAUUGAGGCUGCAUACAUCCUUCUUAAGGAUGGAGCUUACCAGUAUGAUGGAACACUUUCUGGAUCAUAUCAUAUUCCAGAAAAUGUUAGUGAAGGAAUGUUGUCCAAGAUUCAAGCAUUGAUUGGAAAGAUCAAGCCAACUGAUCCUCGUGCCUGUGAGAUUUAUGCUAAAUCCCUGCAUAGCUCAAAGUCGGCGACAUCGUUACCCUGUGUGACAAAUCGUAUAGAUGUUGUUCUCCCACCGAAGGAACUCUUUGGUUGUUUCUUAUUUGUUCUUUGGGAGCUGCUACCCCUGGAUCACCCUAUGAAGGAUCUCAUUCCUGUGAAGGAUCUUUUUCCUGUGAAGGAUCAAUUGCAAGAACUAUAUGAAGGACUCAGGUUCUUGAGGAUGAAGCUUUUUUGGCAGAAGCAAGCAAACAUAUUUCCUGUGAAUGUGAAGGAGGAAAUUAGAGAUCUAAUGUGUGAUGCUGGAGUCUUCAUUUUCCCAUUAUACCAAGCACAGGCACAAGUAGACCUUAACCUUCUUGAGAAUUUGUUAGAAGCACUCAAGGACGUUGAAGGCAGAUUUGAAGAAAAGGAUCCUGAAGUACCAAAAAGUAGCACACAUUUGGCUUUUUUGGACUUUUUGCUAGAGGAAUUGAUGGAGCUGACAAUUAGCGAUGCCAGCUCCAAAAGUCAUGCUGAAACUAUCCGAAAUGAACUCAGCAACUUAAGAUCUCUCUUGGCGCAUGUUGUGGAAUCGCCGAAUCAUGAUAAGCAGGAAAUCCAAGAUCUUUGGGUUCGUGGUUUGGAGGUGGCAUUCAAGGUGGAGCGUAUCAUCAACUACCUCUUGGCCGGUGAUAUUCCACAGCAUCAUAUUUCAACAUUGUUUGAUUCUAUUGUGAUAGAUAUCCGCAAUAUUCUGCAAGAAAUAGAAGAGAUCAUCAAACGGCAGAAAGUCACCAGGAGGACUAACAGUCGAGUGCGAUCAACAACAACAACAACAACUCCCUCUAUUGCAAAACGUCAGGUUGUAGGCUUCGACCAUGAUGCAGAGUCAGUUAUCAAUCGGCUCAAGAAUAGGGCGAUGGAGAAAUUGCAGAUUGUGUCCAUUGUUGGUAUGUCGGGAAUAGGCAAGACCACAUUGGCCGAAAAAGUUUAUGAUCAUCCUUCUAUCUUCUACCAUUUCUCAGCCCGUGCAAUCACUGGAGUUUCUCAGAAAUUUGACAGAAAGAGAGUGUUGCUUGAACUUUUAAAUCAAGUUAAUCACACACAAGGUUCGCUGACAUAUUUGAUCGUUUUGGAUGAUAUUUGGGAUGCUGAUGCCUGGAGUGGCUUGAAACUAGCAUUUCCCGAUGACCGUAACGGAAGUAGGAUUUUGUUGACCACUCGAAAGCAGGAGGCGGUGGCUGAGCUUGAUAAGACACCUCAUAAGCUCAGAUCACUUAAUGAAAAGGAGAGCUUCAAGUUAUUUCGGAUGAAAUUAUCCACUGCAAGUGCCGAGUCCCCUGCAUUAGACACAAAUUUUCGGAGGCAAGUUUUUCAAAUUAGCAAUGGAUUACCUCUUGACAUUGGCACUGUAGCUGGACUCCUAAAUUCCACUGCCCCGAAGGAAUGGAAUAAAGUUCUGGAAACUUUAAGGUCAAGAAAUAGUACAUCUAAGGACAAACUGGAGCUCAGUUAUAGUAAUCUACCGGAGCAUUUAAAACAAUGCCUUCUCUAUCUCGCAACAUCUCGAGAAGAUCAACAAGUCUCUGUCAAGAGGUUGCUGUAUUUGUGGAUGGCCGAGGGAUUCAUUCGAAAAGCAGAGAUGAAGCGCGCCUUAGAUGUUGCUGAGGGGUAUCUGAAUGAUUUGACUGUCAGAAACUUACUAAUGGUAACCAAGAACAGAUCCAGAGGUGGAAAACGAACCUGCCGCAUUCAUGACUUGCUUCGUGAAUGUUGUUUGCAGAAAGUCCAAGAUGAACCCUUUUUCCAUUUCAUUGAAGGAGGAUAUGAGGCGCUGUCAGCAUUCAAGGAGCCGCGCCACCCAUGGAGGUUAUGCAUUAACUCCGGUUUCGAGCAUGUGCUGGACUCGAAAGUAUACUGGCCUCGGCUUCGCUCUCUCCGAGUCAGUUUAAACAACAAGCCGAUGAAGACGAAAAUCUCAGUCAUGCAUUUGCGCAUCUGGAAAUUUGUAAGAGUACUAGACCUGGAGCAAAUGGAGUUAUGUGCUGAGAUUCCAAGUGAGAUAAGACUACUUGUUCUGCUGGCUUUCUUUGCAAUUCGAGGAUAUAGUUUGAAAAUCCCGGACACAAUCGGUGGCCUCUCUAAUUUGGAGACACUUAUUAUAGGUGAAUUGUCAUCGGACAAGGAACUUUCCUUGCCGGUCACAGUCCGGAAUUUACAGAAAUUGAAGCAUCUUUACAUGAAUGGCGUUGCUCCGGGUGUUUUGCACAUUGACAAUCUUGAUCACAACAGUCCCUGUAGCUCGUGGGAGUUCUUGGAUAGAGUUUCUGGUGUCAUUUUGCCUUCUGACUGGAGAAUGGAAAGGGUAAUGAAAAUGUUUCCAAAUAUCCGCAAGUUGAAAUGCAGAAUCCAGGGAUUUGACAAUAGUCAUGCAGGAAAGCUUGUCCAGAUUGCAGCUCUUGUGUCAUUGGCUCAGCUGAAAUCACUCAAUAUGUCCGUGGAUAAAUCUGGGAAACCCGAAGGCAUUAAAUUUGAGUUGAGUUUUCCUGCAAAUCUGGAGAAAUUGUCACUGUCAGGCAUUCCUUUGUCUAAGAAGUGUCUUUCAAGCAUUGGCAAAUUGCCAAAUCUUGGAGUCCUCAAAUUAGAGGGUACUGAUUUCGAAGGGGACACGUUGACAAUGGAAGAAGAGGAAUUCUCCGAACUUAGAAUAUUGGAAUUGAGUAAUUCCAGGUGGCUUAAGUCGUGGAGUGCUUCUGAAGAUCAAUUGAGGUCUCUUGAGGAGUUGGAAUUGAGGGAUUGCCUUUUCCUGAAUCAUUUGCCCUCUUGUCUAGAAACAUGUCCUGCGCUCCAAAUGAUCAAGGUCAUUCGUUGCCCUAAAGUCGUUGAAAGGGUGAAGCAGAUUGAGGAAUUACAGGAGGAGUUUGGAAACUCAGAUCUGAAGGUCAUUAUUUAA